AUGGCAGUUGCCUUUCCCUUCCGCGGGGUUCCUGCGGGGAUCCCACCUCCGGGUGUCCCUCUCCCACCACAAGUCCCAGACUACAUGACUGAGGAGAAACUGCAAGAAAAAGCGCGGAAAUGGCAGCAGUUGCAGGCGAAGCGCUACUCUGAGAAGAGAAAGUUUGGAUUUGUGGAUGCUCAGAAGGAGGACAUGCCUCCUGAACAUGUCCGGAAGAUCAUCAGGGACCAUGGUGACAUGACCAAUAGGAAGUUUCGACAUGACAAAAGGGUCUACUUAGGUGCCCUGAAGUACAUGCCGCAUGCAGUGCUGAAACUGCUGGAAAACAUGCCAAUGCCUUGGGAACAGAUCAGAGAUGUACCAGUACUUUAUCACAUCACUGGAGCCAUUUCAUUCGUAAAUGAAAUACCUUGGGUUAUCGAACCAGUCUACAUAGCCCAAUGGGGCACAAUGUGGAUCAUGAUGCGCCGAGAAAAGCGUGACCGGCGACACUUCAAGAGGAUGCGCUUUCCACCAUUUGAUGAUGAGGAGCCGCCGCUGGAUUACGCAGACAACAUCCUCGAUGUAGAACCACUGGAGGCCAUUCAAAUGGAGCUGGACACAGAGGAGGAUGGCCCUGUUGUGGAAUGGUUGUAUGAGCACCAGCCCCUCAAAGACACGACAAAGUUUGUGAAUGGUACCACUUACCGUCGAUGGCAAUUCUCACUGCCCAUGAUGUCGACAUUGUACCGUUUGGCCAACCAGCUGCUUACAGACUUGGUUGAUUACAACUACUUCUACCUGUUUGACCUCAAGGCCUUCUUCACGUCCAAGGCUUUAAACAUGGCCAUACCCGGAGGACCAAAAUUUGAGCCUCUCGUUCGGGACAUUAACCUCCAGGAUGAAGACUGGAAUGAGUUCAAUGACAUUAACAAGAUCAUCAUCAGACAACCUAUCAGGACAGAGUACAAAAUCGCCUUCCCCUACCUGUAUAACAACUUGCCGCACCACGUCCACCUCACCUGGUACCAUACGCCAAAUGUGGUGUUCAUUAAGACGGAAGACCCAGACCUGCCUGCAUUUUACUUUGAUCCACUCAUCAACCCUAUUUCACACAGGCAUUCAGUCAAGAGUCAAGAGCCUCUUCCAGACGAUGACGAGGAGUUUGAGCUUCCUGAGUUUGUGGAGCCCUUCCUCAAGGAAACUCCUCUCUACACCGAUAACACAGCCAAUGGCAUCGCUCUGCUGUGGGCGCCAAGACCUUUCAACUUGCGUUCAGGUCGUACCAGGAGAGCAAUCGAUAUCCCUCUCAUUAAGAACUGGUAUCGUGAGCACUGCCCAGCAGGACAACCGGUAAAAGUGCGUGUGUCCUACCAGAAACUGCUGAAGUACUACGUGCUCAAUGCUCUCAAACACAGACCGCCCAAGGCCCAGAAAAAGAGGUAUCUCUUCCGUUCCUUCAAGGCCACCAAGUUCUUUCAGUCCACCAAGCUUGACUGGGUGGAGGUUGGCCUGCAGGUCUGCCGGCAGGGUUACAACAUGCUCAAUCUGCUUAUCCACCGAAAGAACCUAAACUAUCUGCAUUUGGACUACAACUUCAACUUGAAGCCUGUCAAGACACUGACCACAAAGGAGCGUAAAAAGUCAAGAUUUGGCAAUGCUUUCCAUCUCUGUCGAGAGGUGUUGCGACUGAGCAAGCUGGUGGUGGACAGCCAUGUUCAGUACAGACUGGGAAAUGUGGAUGCCUUCCAGUUGGCUGAUGGGCUGCAGUACAUCUUUGCCCAUGUGGGGCAGCUGACCGGCAUGUACCGCUACAAGUACAAGUUGAUGAGACAAAUCCGGAUGUGCAAAGAUCUGAAACAUCUCAUUUACUACCGCUUCAAUACAGGUCCUGUUGGCAAGGGACCAGGUUGUGGUUUCUGGGCACCUGGAUGGAGGGUGUGGCUUUUCUUCAUGAGGGGCAUAACACCACUGUUAGAGAGGUGGCUUGGAAAUCUUCUGGCCAGGCAAUUUGAAGGAAGACACUCCAAGGGUGUGGCCAAGACCGUGACCAAACAGCGUGUGGAGUCGCACUUCGACCUGGAAUUGCGUGCUGCUGUGAUGCACGACAUCUUGGACAUGAUGCCCGAAGGCAUCAAACAGAACAAAGCCAGGACCAUCCUGCAGCACCUCAGUGAGUCUUGGAGGUGCUGGAAGGCAAACAUCCCAUGGAAGGUACCUGGUUUGCCAACACCCAUUGAGAACAUGAUCCUGCGCUACGUCAAGGCCAAAGCUGACUGGUGGACCAACACAGCCCACUACAACCGUGAGCGAAUCCGCCGUGGGGCCACUGUGGACAAGACGGUCUGCAAAAAGAACCUGGGAAGACUAACCCGCUUGUACUUGAAGGCUGAGCAGGAGAGACAGCACAACUACUUGAAGGAUGGUCCCUAUAUCACAGCUGAGGAAGCUGUUGCCAUUUACACCACAACUGUUCACUGGCUGGAAAGUCGCCGUUUCUCACCCAUCCCCUUUCCUCCACUGUCAUACAAACAUGACACCAAGCUGCUCAUCUUGGCCCUAGAAAGGCUGAAAGAGGCUUACAGUGUGAAAUCCCGCUUGAAUCAGUCUCAGAGGGAAGAGCUCGGGCUGAUUGAGCAGGCUUAUGACAACCCUCACGAGGCCUUGUCCAGGAUCAAGCGACACUUGCUCACACAGCGAGCCUUUAAGGAGGUGGGUAUUGAGUUCAUGGACCUGUACAGCCACCUGGUGCCAGUGUAUGAUGUAGAGCCACUGGAGAAAAUCACAGACGCCUACCUUGAUCAAUAUCUAUGGUACGAAGCAGACAAGAGGCGGCUCUUCCCACCCUGGAUCAAACCAGCUGACACUGAACCACCUCCCCUGCUCGUCUACAAGUGGUGCCAAGGCAUUAACAACUUGCAGGAUGUUUGGGAAACUGCAGAAGGAGAGUGCAAUGUGAUGCUAGAGUCACGCUAUGAAAAGAUGUACGAGAAGAUCGACUUGACGUUGCUCAACAGGCUGCUACGUCUUAUUGUUGACCACAACAUCGCUGAUUAUAUGACAGCCAAGAACAAUGUUGUCAUCAACUACAAGGACAUGAACCACACAAACUCUUACGGCAUCAUCCGGGGACUCCAGUUUGCCUCGUUCAUUGUGCAGUACUACGGCCUGGUAAUGGAUCUGCUGGUGCUGGGCUUGCACCGUGCCAGCGAGAUGGCAGGUCCGCCCCAAAUGCCCAACGAUUUCCUCAGUUUCCAAGAUACAGCAACAGAAAGCGCCCACCCAAUCAGGCUGUACUGCCGCUACAUUGACCGCAUUCACAUCUUCUUCAGGUUUUCUGCCGACGAGGCAAGAGACCUCAUUCAGAGGUACCUGACAGAACACCCUGACCCCAACAAUGAGAACAUUGUGGGUUACAACAAUAAAAAGUGCUGGCCACGUGAUGCUCGCAUGAGAUUGAUGAAGCAUGAUGUCAAUCUUGGGCGUGCAGUCUUUUGGGACAUCAAGAACCGGCUGCCAAGGUCAGUGACCACGGUCCAGUGGGAGAACAGCUUUGUGUCAGUAUACAGCAAAGACAACCCCAACUUGCUCUUCAACAUGUGUGGCUUUGAGUGCCGCAUCUUGCCUAAAUGUCGAACAAGCUAUGAGGAGUUCACCCAUAAGGACGGUGUCUGGAAUUUGCAGAAUGAGGUAACCAAAGAGAGGACCGCUCAGUGUUUCCUGCGUGUGGAUGAUGAAUCAAUGCAGCGCUUCCAUAACAGAGUGCGCCAGAUCUUGAUGGCCUCUGGCUCAACCACAUUCACAAAGAUUGUGAACAAAUGGAACACGGCUCUUAUUGGCCUCAUGACCUACUUCCGUGAAGCAGUAGUAAACACACAGGAGCUGCUGGAUCUGCUGGUCAAGUGUGAGAACAAGAUUCAGACCCGUAUCAAGAUCGGGCUGAACUCUAAAAUGCCGAGCCGUUUCCCACCUGUUGUUUUCUACACUCCCAAAGAGUUGGGCGGCCUGGGCAUGUUGUCCAUGGGCCACGUGCUCAUACCCCAGUCUGAUCUGCGUUGGUCCAAGCAGACAGAUGUGGGGAUCACCCACUUCAGGUCUGGAAUGAGUCAUGAAGAGGACCAGCUCAUUCCAAAUUUGUACCGUUACAUUCAGCCAUGGGAAAGUGAGUUCAUCGACUCCCAGAGGGUGUGGGCUGAGUAUGCCCUCAAAAGGCAGGAGGCCAUUGCACAGAACAGGCGACUGACCUUGGAGGAUUUAGAGGACUCGUGGGACAGAGGAAUCCCGCGUAUCAACACUCUUUUCCAAAAGGACAGACACACACUGGCCUAUGACAAAGGCUGGCGAGUCCGGACAGAUUUUAAACAAUACCAGGUGUUAAAGCAGAAUCCGUUUUGGUGGACCCACCAGAGGCAUGAUGGUAAACUGUGGAAUCUCAACAACUACCGCACAGACAUGAUCCAGGCCUUAGGUGGUGUGGAGGGCAUCCUGGAACACACGCUCUUCAAAGGCACUUACUUCCCCACAUGGGAGGGUCUCUUCUGGGAGAAGGCCAGUGGGUUCGAAGAGUCCAUGAAGUGGAAGAAACUGACAAAUGCUCAGAGAUCUGGUCUCAACCAAAUCCCCAACCGUCGCUUCACUCUUUGGUGGUCGCCCACCAUCAACAGAGCCAAUGUAUAUGUGGGUUUCCAGGUGCAGCUUGACCUGACCGGAAUCUUCAUGCAUGGAAAGAUUCCCACCCUGAAGAUCUCCCUCAUUCAGAUCUUCAGAGCUCACUUGUGGCAGAAGAUCCAUGAGAGCAUUGUCAUGGAUCUAUGUCAGGUGUUUGACCAGGAGCUCGAUGCUCUUGAGAUCGAGACUGUGCAGAAGGAGACUAUCCACCCCAGGAAGUCGUACAAGAUGAACUCAUCCUGUGCUGACAUUCUCCUUUUUGCAUCCUACAAGUGGAAUGUAUCUCGACCGUCUCUGCUUGCAGACUCAAAGGAUGUUAUGGACAGCACCACCACACAGAAGUACUGGAUUGACAUUCAACUGCGCUGGGGUGACUACGACUCGCAUGACAUUGAGCGCUAUGCCAGGGCUAAGUUCUUGGACUACACCACGGACAACAUGAGUAUCUACCCUUCCCCUACUGGGGUGCUCAUUGCCAUCGACUUGGCAUACAACCUCCACAGUGGCUACGGAAACUGGUUCCCGGGCAGCAAGCCUUUGAUCCAACAGGCCAUGGCCAAGAUUAUGAAGGCCAAUCCUGCCCUGUAUGUGCUCAGGGAGCGCAUCCGCAAGGGUCUCCAGCUGUACUCCUCCGAACCCACUGAGCCUUACCUGUCCUCUCAGAACUACGGGGAGCUCUUCUCGAACCAAAUCAUUUGGUUUGUGGAUGACACCAACGUCUACAGAGUCACCAUCCACAAGACCUUUGAGGGCAACUUGACCACCAAACCCAUCAAUGGAGCCAUUUUCAUCUUCAACCCCAGGACUGGACAGCUCUUCCUCAAGAUCAUUCACACAUCCGUGUGGGCUGGACAGAAACGUCUGGGCCAGCUUGCUAAAUGGAAGACAGCUGAAGAAGUUGCUGCCUUGAUCCGCUCUCUCCCUGUGGAGGAGCAACCGAAGCAGAUCAUUGUGACCAGGAAAGGUAUGCUGGACCCUCUUGAGGUCCACUUGCUUGACUUCCCCAACAUUGUGAUCAAGGGCUCUGAGUUGCAGCUGCCCUUCCAGGCAUGUUUGAAGGUGGAGAAGUUUGGAGACCUGAUCCUCAAAGCUACCGAGCCCCAGAUGGUCUUGUUCAACCUCUACGACGACUGGCUUAAGACCAUUUCGUCCUACACAGCCUUUUCUCGACUCAUCCUGAUCCUAAGAGCACUCCACGUCAACAAUGACCGUGCCAAAGUGAUCCUCAAACCCGAUAAGACCACCAUCACUGAGCCUCAUCACAUUUGGCCCACUCUCACAGAUGAGGAAUGGAUCAAGGUGGAAGUGCAACUAAAAGAUCUCAUUCUGGCUGACUACGGCAAAAAGAACAAUGUGAACGUGGCAUCAUUGACCCAAUCUGAGAUCCGUGACAUCAUCCUGGGUAUGGAGAUCUCUGCUCCCUCGCAGCAACGGCAGCAGAUUGCCGAGAUUGAGAAGCAGACCAAAGAGCAAUCGCAGCUCACUGCCACACAGACACGCACUGUUAACAAACACGGCGAUGAGAUCAUCACUUCCACCACAUCCAACUACGAGACGCAGACCUUCUCCUCCAAGACGGAAUGGAGGGUCAGAGCUAUCUCCGCUGCCAACCUCCAUCUUCGCACCAACCACAUUUACGUGUCCUCUGAUGACAUCAAGGAGACAGGAUACACCUACAUCCUGCCCAAGAAUGUUCUCAAGAAGUUCAUCUGUAUUUCAGAUUUGCGUGCACAGAUCGCAGGCUACCUGUACGGCACCAGCCCACCUGACAACCCUCAGGUAAAGGAGAUCCGCUGUAUCGUCAUGGUGCCUCAGUGGGGGACCCACCAGACUGUCCAUCUCCCCAACCAGCUGCCAGGACACGAAUAUCUUAAAGAAAUGGAACCCCUUGGUUGGAUCCACACACAGCCUAAUGAGUCACCACAGCUGUCCCCCCAGGAUGUCACUACCCACGCCAAAGUCAUGGCCGACAAUCCCUCUUGGGAUGGAGAAAAGACCAUCAUCAUCACGUGCAGCUUCACGCCAGGCUCAUGCACGCUGACGGCCUACAAAUUGACGCCCAGCGGCUACGAGUGGGGCCGGCAGAACACGGACAAGGGCAACAACCCAAAAGGUUACCUGCCAUCCCACUAUGAGAGGGUCCAGAUGCUGCUCUCUGACCGCUUCCUGGGCUUCUUUAUGGUACCAGGUCAAGUUUCCUGGAAUUACAAUUUCAUGGGUGUACGUCACGACCCUAACAUGAAGUACGACCUGCAGCUGGCCAACCCCAAAGAGUUCUACCACGAAGUCCAUCGGCCAUCGCACUUCCUGAACUUUGCCUCGUUACAGGAGGGUGAAAUCUACAACGCCGAUCGUGAGGAUAUGUAUGGUUGAACGGAAAGACUCAUUCUUAUGGGUGGCCCUGUCAGAAUCACUCUUGUAAAAAAAUUCUCCUCCACACAUGUAACUGUUUGGACAUUUUAAUGUUAAAAUUAGAUGGACACUUUUGGUAUUCCUCCCAUAUUUCCUUCAGUUUGUUUCCACAGUGCCCUCUAGUCAAUACGCGCCUUUUUAUUUUUUUUGGUUAUAUGUACACAGGACUAUAGUGUAGUGUAAUAUUCUCAUAAUUGUUUCAAAGGCAGAAGUACUCGUUCCUGACAUUUGAGAAGUAAAAUGUUGAUUUCCCAUGACAGUUAAUUCCCAAAUGUUAUUCUGUGACAUUGUUGCUUGGAUUUAAAUAAAGAUGUUUUUUUUUUAUACA